UAUCACACAAUCCAGUCCAACUACCAAUACUACCGCAGCGGCUUACAAGCCUACACAGCACCGCUAUCUCCAUCUGCGUGACUACUUUUGUUUUUGUUCACACUCUCAGACUAGAACAACUUCACCUUCUACCAACUCACCCCCAUCAAGGCCAGAUUGAUGUCUGUUGACCUACGAACGAGCCUCAACUGCCUGCGUCAUCCGGCGAGAUUUAUGCCCGUCUCUCGAACACAACUGUCGAGAGUGCACACGGGUGAUAGUAUACAGAAUAUAUCAAUACACAGAUCAAGCAAGUUUGAGUAGACCACCGCCAUCAUCACCAACCGGCACCCAACAUGGAGCACGUAAGCAACAAUAAUGUCACCCUUGUUGAGUUCAAACGCUCUCUCAUUCCCGAAAAGUGGGAGGACCACGUUCGUGCAAUCGGGAUUAAUGAGUACAAAGAAGCAGCGCUCUCGCUCGCGCAGGCCUUUGCUACUGAUGACCUGGCACAGUACCUCCUCGACGCCGAAGACAUGUCGUCGUACUCGGACGAGGCCAAGUGGAGGCUCCACGUCGACAUCAUGAACUACAUUGUCGCCGCCCACUGCUACAACGGCUUGGUCACGACGAUUGGGCCCGAUUACGAGGGGGUCGCGCUCUGGGCCCCGCCGGGCAAGAACACGGAUGAUUGGUGGACCACCGUACGCAGCGGUAUGUGGCGACUCUACUAUCAACUGUCUGCCGGGGGCAAAAAGCGCUACUAUGACGAGCUUUUGCCCUUACUCCAUGACACCAAACUCGAGGUCAUGGGCGACCGGGACGCCGAUUGCUACUACCUGGUGUACCUCGGUACCAAACCCAGUGGUCGCGGCCGAGGCUACGCCCGCAAGCUCAUUGAGCAGAUGGCCAUCAAGGUGAGUCCAGUAUCCAUCCUCUCAUAAUUUUUAAUCAAUGUCUGUCGAUCCUGCUAUGAAACGUAUGCACUGACUUGAGCUUAAAAACCAACAAGGCUGAUGCCGAAGGUCGUGCCAUGUACCUUGAAUCAAGCUCGCUGAAGAACAACGCUUACUACAAGAAGUUUG